CAACAUUCAAAGUUCAGACUGCAAUUUAUGCAACGUUAGCGCUAACGCUACUACAAUUGAUGUUCCCUUUUUUUGGUGCUGCUGCUGCACCGUACAAAUAUUACGAAGACAAUUUUAUAUGUGCAUACGACUUUUCGCCAGGUUCAGAUGGCGCCAGUCACCGUGCUCUUCUUGGAAUUCUCAGUAUGGAAGGAUUACUCGCAUCUAUGGCCACUAUGUAUUUUAAUAUUUCCAUUGUAUAUGAGAUGAGAAAGAAAAAUUCAAUUUCACACAACGAUUCAACAAAUACAGAUAGUUCUACUGGGCGAUCACUUACAGAAACAAAGAUUGCAUUCGCCAACGUUACAGUGGUUGUAUCUGCAGUAUUCUGUAUCUGUUAUGUUCCGUUUUUGGCUCGAUUGCUGUAUGACGUCAUAGUGACAAAUGUGAAGACGCAGGAUGAUUUUUACCAUUCGAUUACGAUGUCGUUGUUAUUUCUAGCACCAUUAUUGAAUCCAGUUGUCUACGUUAUUUGUAAUAAACGUUACCGUUCCUUUAUAGCUUAUUCUCUCAGAAGGAGAAUUUCUAACUUGUGCUCGAAACGGUCAAAUAAAAUAGAUUUGAUAGACCACAAUUCAUCAUUAGGUCCAACCUCAAAGAAGAUCACGGCGUCAUCUGUGUUAUAAUAAAGAUAAAUAAAUUCCAAACAAAAUAGAUCUGAUAGACCACAAUUCAUCAUUAGGUCCAACCUCAAAGAAGAUCACGGCGUCAUCUGUGUUAUGAUGAAGAUAAAUUAAAGUUUAUAUUGAAUAAGUACAGUAUGCAUUUUUUUGAAUGCAAAAUAUGA